AUGCCGUUUCUCGGAAUCCUCGACGACACGAAGCUCCCGCACGUCCCCGGCACCGUCAUCCUCGAAGAAGACGCCGCGCACUCGCAGGACGUGACGGGCGGGCUCAAACAUGGCACGGGGCGCAACGCGCACAUUGUGCUGGUGCCGCAGCCGUCCAACGAUCCCAACGACCCACUCAACUGGCCCUACACCAAGAAACUCACAGCCUUGGGCAUCACCUGCUGGGGAUCGAUCCUCUACGCCGCCGUGGUGAGCGCCAUGCUCAACUCGGCCUUUUACGAGAUGUCCAUCGAGAUCCACACCACCAUCCCCAAGCUCGUGCUGAGCUCGGGCUACCAGACGCUGGUCAUCGGCGUGACGGGCCCGUUGUUCUCGGCCCUGUCGAGGAAAUGGGGCACGAGGCCCAUUUUCCUGUUCGCGUCCGUCUUCUGCCUCAUCGCCGACAUUGUGGGCUCGUGCGUCAACACCUACGAAGGAGUGCUCGCCUCGCGGAUCCUGCAAGGCUUUGCGAUUGCGCCCUACGAGUCUCUGGUCUUUACUCUGAUCAGCGACAUGUUUUACGUCCAUGAGCGUGGCAUCUACGCGUCCUGCAUCAAUUUCAUCUUGGCGGGAAUCUCCAAUCUGACGGGUGUGGUUGCUGGCCCAAUCGCAUCGAAUAUCGGAUGGCGAUGGCUCUAUUACCUCCUGGUGCUGUUCGGAGGGAUCCAGACGAUUCUCCAGUUCUUUUUCGUCCCCGAGACCAGCUACGUGCGCGACCGGCGGUACGAGAUCGACGAGAUCAAGAACGACAACCUCCAGGACCUGGCGGCGCUCGAGUACCAGGAGAAACUGAACAUGGAGAAACCCGGCGUCGUGGCCACGCACACCGAGGAGACGACGGGCGCAAUGCCUUCGACACCACACUCGGAAGAAGAAUCGGCAGUGGCAGCGGCGGCGGCGGCGCACGGCUACCAGCACAAGAAGAAGACGUUUGCGCAGGAGCUGGCCAUCUUCAGCGGGACGUACUCGAACGAGAACUUCUUCCAGCUCCUGAUCGCGCCGUUCGCGGUGGUGCUCAACCUGGCGGUGCUGUGGAUCCUGCUCAUCAACUCCAUGUUCGUGGUGCUGUACGUGGUGAUUGCGUUUGUGCUGGCGCAGCUGUUCGCGCCGCCGCCGUAUCUCCUGAGCCCAGCCAGCAUCGGCUACCUCUCGCUGGGCCCGUUUGUGGGCGGCAUCCUCGGGUCCGUGAUCAUGGGCACGCUCUCGGACCCGUUCAUCAAGUGGUGCGCACGCCGCAACCGCGGCGUCUACGAGCCCGAGUACCGCCUGAUCCCCUGCGCGCUGGGCGUGUGCUCGGGCGUGGGCCUGAUGCUGUUCGGCCACUUCGUGUCCGAGGGGAAAUCCGUCUACGCGUGCGCGACCGUGCACGGCCUGAUGCUGUUCGGCGUCAUGUUCCUGUGCAUCGGCACCUCCAACUACGCGCUUGACGCCUACCGCGGCAUGGCCAACGAGAUCUUCAUCGCCAGCAUGGCCGUCAAGAACCUCAUCCUCUACGGCUUCAGCUACUUUGUCAACAACUGGACCGCCGACGUCGGGCCCCAGCACGCCUUCUACGUCUGGGGCGGCGUCGCCUUCGCCCUGAUCGCCACUUUGCCCUUCAUGUUCUUCCUCGGCAAGAAAUACCGCAGCUACUGGGCUAGGAAUAACCUGCUCGAGAAGAUGCAUAUCCGGACCCAUGAGGAGUAG